CAAGGGAUGGUGUGGGAAUGAGUCUGGUUUUUCCGUCAGGGCAGUUGGCUGCUUUCCACCCCACGGGUUGGAUCCAGGCUAAAUUACCCCAUGGCAGAAUGGAACUUUCCUACCUCCUUUACUUUGUUGUGAUUUUUUAUCAUGCAAGCAAGCAUUGAUCUCCACGAAAUGCUUCUCUGGGGAUUUGGGGACCCUGGGGAAUGACCAGGGCAGGGUCUGCAGCAGUAGGGGGAAAUCAGCAGAAACUGCCAAUUUAGGCUGGAUCUAACCAGUCUCUUUAUCUGACACCAAAGUCAAUCUAAAGCCAGCAGGGGGUGAUGGGAAUUGUAGUCCAUGAACAUCUGAAGCACCAGAGUUGGACACUCCUGAUCGAAAGCAAUUCGGGAUUUCUUUGCCCAUGUAUUCACUCAUAUUCAAUUGAAUAGAAGUGGUAAUUCAGUGUAGCUUAUGUUCCCUUGUGUAUAAGCAGGUCAUCUCACCACAGCGCAUUCCUGCUACUGUGACUCCGUCGCUCCUGAUGGCCCCCAUGGUGUUUACUCAGUCGGCCCCAGCACCCCCAAAACCAAGCGAAAGCGGGUGGCUGCCCAUCGGGAACCAAGAAGCCACUUCUACCGCAACUAACCUCCUCUUGCCUAUGCAGAACCCAGAACCGCCUGUUGCCAGCAACACUCCACUGACCAAGCUACAGCUGCAGGAAACGUUGCUACAUCUGAUUCAGAAUGAUGACAACUUCGUGAACAUCAUCUACGACACCUACCUAAGUAGCGUGAGAAAGGCAGCUCUGAAAAAGCCGAUGUGAAACAUAUUUCUUCAUUGAAUGCUCAUGAUGUUUUGCACUUGCCUUUUAAAAAAAACACAGUCAUGCAAGCCAAGUGGUCUCUGGCUUUCUGCAUACCUUUAAAUGAUGUUGAUGGGCAAGUACAAGCUGUGCUAAGAAACGAAUGGGUGGGAACUGAUUGUGCAUUCCGGAAGGGGUAGUGAAGAGACUGUCAACCCCAGAAAGAUACCCGUCAUGAAAAGGCGUGCUUAUACUGAUUUUUUUUUCUUACCUAGGCCAAUUUUUAGAAAGACUGACACAUUCUGAUCAGGGCUCUCCUCUUGGUUUUUGACACUUAUGGGGUAUUAAUUGCUUGGGCCUUUUUCUGAGAUCUUCUGUGGCCAAAGGUGUAGGAAGGCUAUUAUUAUGAAGCACAAUUUUACAGAAAAUGGUACUAAUUAAUGACCAGCAGAUGGCAGUCUAGGACUGUUGUUUAGAUCAAUGGAGCUGUUCUGAAAACCAACUGAGGACGGAGAAUAUUGGAAAAUGAAAUGGCACAAUUGCCCAUGAGAGUUCCCUUCAUCCCAUUAGAACCCCAUCUCUGUUUGUUUACAUUCAGAAAUGGUGGCAAAGCAGGAGCAAAUGAGUGAUGGCACCAGGCGGGUUCACAUCAUCCGUGUCUGAAGGAAGAAUACCAUUUGUGGCUGGAGCCUUGCUUCUCAUGUUAUUAUCUUUUUCCAGGUGUACUGGCUGAAAAGGUAAUGUGGGAAGGGCCAAUCCAGGAGUCUGCUGCUGGGGAAGACUUGUGCGUGGCAAAGAAUCUGCCAGGAUUCAGAGCCCUUGUCCUUUUGUAGAAGCAAGCAUGUGUACGUUUUUCUUCCACUAUGUUUUGUGCAAAUACGCUUGCCAAUCUAGAGGAAGUUAGGUACGUCUAAGGGGCCAGUGCAUUCAGUUGGCAUCCUUAAGGUUCCCUUGAUCUCUAAAAGACACCCCAAGUUAUCCCCAGUCUUCUAAACAUGGAAGCAGUCAGCUUUCUCUUUUUAAAACAAAAAAACAAACUCCUUUUAUAAGUAUAUAUUUUUCUAUUUCAUGUCCAGUAUGUUCAUAGACGCCAGCGGAUGAUGAAAUUGUAACUCUCAGAAAUGAAUGCUUUUAUUUCUAGCUGCUCUUGCCUUUGGAUGUAAAUGUAGGCUGGGACCAGGCCACAAUACUUCAGUGUGCUUGUAGGCGAUGGUUGCAUCGUUUUUAACAUUCUGUUAAAAAUAGCGAGAAGAACGAAUAGCUUAGUUUUUGGCGUUCUGUUCCAUGAGCAGAUGGACAAUGGUUUUAACAAUCCCUUUGUAAAAAAAAAGAAAAGAAAUAAAAUGGAUUACACAGACUGUG